CAGGAGAAUACACGUUUCAUUCAAGAAGCAAGAAAGUAAGUUAUUUAUAACCAUUAGCACCUUCGGGUUGUGAUCCUUGAGUGCGCAGUGAGCGGAAUACUCCCCAUUGGACUGAUGUAGUGAGCCUCCAUAACAAAAGCUGCACCGCUCGUGUCCAGAGAGGUUCGGCAUCCUGUGUACUGAACUGGGUCGCUCCAGUCGCGGUUGAAAAAUAAGGACAUUGCGAGAAGAACUGCGGGAAACUUUCGAUCUGAAUCAUUUAUUUCCCCACGAUUUCUUGCCUCAUGGGAAAGCGCUGGAUACUUUGAGCAUGAGAAACCUCUCCCGUGACCAGGGCAGUGAGCAGUAAAUUCAACACAAUCUGUGACUGGCUGGGAGAUGGCAGAUAUACUGGAGCUGCGGACGGAUGGAAAUUCACUCCUGAAGGCGGUGUGGCUCAGACGCUUGAGACUCACCAGGCUCCUGUUGGAAGGAGGAGCGUAUAUCAACGAGAGCAAUGAACGUGGAGAGACACCACUCAUGGUGGCCUGCAUGUCCACACACACUGACCAGCAGAGCGUGAGCAAGUCAAAGCUGGUGAAAUAUCUGCUGGACAACCAGGCGGACCCCAACAUACAGGACAAAGCUGGUAAGACCGCUCUAAUGCAAGCCUGCAUCCACAGGGCUGGACACGAGGUGGUAGAGCACCUGCUGAGAAACGGAGCUGACCCCAGUCUGGAGGACAGGAGCGGGGCCUCGGCGCUGGUCUAUGCCAUCAAUGCAGAUGAUAAGGAGACACUGAAACUGCUCUUGGACGCCUGCAAAGCGAAAGGCAAGGAGGUUAUCAUAAUCACCACGGAUAAGUCACCGUCCGGCACUAAAACAACCAAACAGUACCUGAAUGUCCCCCCAUCACCAGAGCUGGAUGAGAAGUCCUCCCAGGCAUACUGCACCUCUCCGUCUGACAUCAACGUCACUGCAUCGCCCACAACUGAGCAAGAGCAACAAAACACGGUUUUCAGUUUCCAGACCAAGCUGAAAACCUCCAGUUCAGCUGCGAAGCUCGCCAACGGGCCGACCUCUCCGGCACGCCGGCCAGCAAACCCCAAACGUGCCCGUUUGCCUCAGCUGAAGAGGCUGCAGUCGGAGCCUUGGGGGCUGAUUGCUCCCUCAGUCCUGGCGGCGGCCGCCUAUGAGGAGAGUAAAAAAGCCAGCUCGGAAGACGAUGUCGCCGCAGGGGUCAACGGACUCUGUCUGAAUAAGAGGUCAGCUUUAUCUAGACAGAGCAGUGUGGACGGAAAGGACAGCUUUUUUCCGCUGGUGGGUGAACAACCCUGCAAAAUCACAACCUCAAUAUCAGUUCCUCCGACGUCCAAAGCCUCGUAUGAGAGAUCUCUGGGCCAGCACCAGUCGCUGGUACGACGCAGCACCGUCCCCACGGAGCAGGAGGGCAGCAGUUGCACCGGUGGACUUGCCAGUCUGAGAGACACCGUGCACAGGAGACAUCUGGAGACGGAUCACUAUGACUCAGACUCCCAGCUCUACUCAGGCUCUGCCAUGCUAGACUCUCCUAAAGUCCCGGUGGAACGAAGGAAACUGAACACUUCUCCUCUAGCGAUGCUAACUAGCUCCAGAGAAUCUCUGGAUAGCAACGCCAGCACGUCCUCGCCCAGCACGGCCCACAGACGUGCAACAGGCCUCCUGGAGAGGAGAGGCUCGGGCACGCUGUUGCUGGACCACAUCUCCCACACCAGGCCCGGCCAUCUCCCCCCUCUCAACUUCAACCCGAACCCUCCCAUCCCUGACAUUGGGGCUAGUAGCAAGCCUUCCUCGCCCCUGGCCACAGGUAUCAGAUCGAUUGCUCCAGUAGCACCGAACACACCAAAGAGAGGUGGCCUCAAGUCCAAGAAAAAACUUGUGAGAAGGCACUCUAUGCAAGUGGAGCAGAUGAAGCAGCUUUCUGAUUUUGAAGAGAUGGCUCAUUAGUUAGUGAUGGUGUUUAUGCAGCACAUGUUGUGGGAGUAGAACUGUCAGGAAGUACAUCCAUAGGUUCCCCUGUGUAGACUCACAGCCAUCUAGAUGUUGAAUAAUGUAUAAAAAAAUUUUUUUUAAGUAUAGAGAUAUUAAUACUGAGCAAUAUAGAUAGACUAUUUCCCUGUGUUACACCCAACCAUGGGGUUCAGAAUAUUUUGACUUAUAUGUAUUACAGUAUUGAAUGUAAAUACCAAGACAUGGUCCUCUUCCUCUGAACUAGCUCUCUUACAUGAAGAUGUAAUGCGUAGGGAACACACAGGGUCCAUUUGUAGCCAGCAGGCCACUUGGGUGCACAUUGUGCAAAUGUAAUUAGAACCAUUAAUGGGUUUUUUUAUUUUAAAAGAAAAUGUGAUGCACUUGUCUGAGAUGUAGCUUUGAGUAAGAUGAGAUUUGACUGUUUGUAGCAAUUUUGUACAAAGUGCCUUUAAGAUAAAGAAACAAAAAAAAACAGUGGACAGAUACAUUUAAUGUAUUAGGAGCAUUUUUAAUGUAACCAAAAUGUGUUUCAUUUCAAUAUUGUUGGACUCAGAUGAAACAAAAUGAAUAUACGUGAUGUGAAUGAAUGAAAAAUAUGCCUCAACAAAAAGGUAAAAUUAUGGGCUAUGUAUACAGCGCUUUAUUGCCCAAUAGAAAAAUGUUGCUAUCAACAGUGUUACAAAAACCUUCAAAUCACAUGUAUUUCUUCUAUGAUGAAAUCAAGUAAAGAAUGGAAUUUGAGCCCUUGGUCAACAAAGCAUUGGUGAAACUUGUCAAUUAAAAUGUCAUUUCACGCUAAUGGCAAUCGAAACUAAAGAUCAUACCGCUUCCAUGUAACUUGGCUGUAAAGCAUUGCUACCGUUUGAGAAAAAACAAUUAAAUCCAUAGUAUUUUUGCAAUUAGUUUGUUGUAUAUUCGUAAUAAAUGUCUAUCACUUGUGA